AUGACAGGCGACGACGGCGUUCAGAAACCCAAACCCGUGGUGAUCCGAGAAGUCUGGUCAGGCAAUCUGGAGUCCGAGUUCGAGCUAAUACGGAAUCUGAUUGAGAGCUAUCCCUAUAUUUCCAUGGACACCGAGUUCCCCGGAGUUGUGUUCAAGCCGAUCAGCACUGCCGACCAACCGUACCACCGGCGGCGCCUCCAGCCGUCGGAUCUCUACAAGGUUUUGAAAUCAAACGUCGACGCCUUGAACCUGAUCCAACUCGGUCUCACCCUCUCCGACGCCGCCGGGAACCUGCCGGACCUCGGCACCGGCGAGAGCGGCUUCAUCUGGGAGUUCAACUUCAUGGAUUUCGACGUGGACCGUGAUAUCCACGCGCCGGACUCCAUCGAGUUGCUCCGCCGCCAGGGCAUCGACUUCGCUCGGAAUAAGUCGGAAGGAAUCGACUCGGUGCGUUUCGCCGAGUUGAUGAUGUCGUCAGGACUUGUGUGCAACGAUUCGGUGAGUUGGGUGACGUUCCACAGCGCGUACGAUUUUGGAUACCUGGUGAAGAUUCUCACGCGCCGAGCGCUACCGAGUGGGCUGGAGGCGUUCUUGGGAACGCUGAGGUUGUUCUUUGGAGACAAGGUGUACGACGUGAAGCACCUGAUGAGGUUCUGCAAUAGCUUGUACGGUGGGUUGGAUCGGGUGGCCCGGAUGCUCAGGUGGAGCGGGCCGCGGGCAAAUGCCACCAGGCCGGGUCGGAUAGUCUGCUGA